AUGAGACAUAAUGAUUCUCAUAAAUAUUUAGAAUAUUUACGAAUGAAUAAAAAUGUAUUUCAUGAAUUAUUGAAGUUAAUUGAGCCAAGUAUUACAAAACAAGAUGUUGUGAGACCUUCAAUACUAGCGUGUACACGAUUAGAAAUUUGUUUACGAUACCUAGCAUCAGGUGAUUCUAUGCAUUCAAUUUCGUUUGCAUUUCGAGUUGGACUAAAUACAGUAUCAAAGAUAGUAUCAGAAACAUGUCAAGCUAUUUGGAAUUGUUUAAAAAAUAAAGUUUUUUCUGAAAAUAAAGAAAUUGUAUGGAUGCAAAAAGCAAAAGAGUUUGAAGAACAAUGGAAUUUUCCAAACUGCAUUGGUGCCAUUGACGGAAAACAUAUUAUGCUUCAAGCUCCACCACAUAGCGGUUCAACAUAUUACAAUUACAAACAUACUCACAGCAUUGUACUCAUGGCACUUGCAGAUGCCAAUUGUUGCUUUACAAUGGUAGAUAUUGGUGCAGAAGGUAGACGAAAUGACGGAGGAAUCUUUCACGAUAGUGAACUUAAGUAUCAAUUAGAAAAUAAUUAUUUAAAGUUACCGAAAGAAACAUCAAUUUCAGUAAAAGAUUCUAGAUUACCUUAUGUUAUAGUAGCUGAUGAAGCUUUUGCUUUGACUUCAUAUAUGCUGCGUCCAUAUUCUCGAUCUUGUAAUUUAAAUAUUAAAAAAAAAGUAUUUAAUUACCGAUUAAGUCGUGCUCGGAGAGUUAUUGAAUGUGCUUUCGGUAUUUUGACAUCGAAAUGGAGAAUCUUUCGAAGGCCAAUUGCAACAAAACAAAGAACAUACUCGGUAACUUCUCAACAAGAUCCAAAUAGUAAUCAAACAUUAUUUGAAAACAUUGUAGAAAAUGAUACAUUUAAUGGAACUACUGUCAGAGAUUUAUUUGCACAAUACUUUUAUACAACUGGAGCUAUAACACAACAAUGGACAAAGGCUUAUAAAAACGAUUUUUAA